GAGAAUGGGGGGAGCAAGAAGGAAAAAGCCAGUGAAACCUUGCCCGGAUCUAAAGUUGACCAUCGCAUAGAUCCUUGUUUGCUUUUUUCCACAUGAGAACUUGCGUCUAAAAAGUUGAUGACAGAGGUGGCCUCCCAGUGACCGCGUCACAUGGCAGAGGGAGGGUACCUCUGCAGGCACCACGUCACGACUGAUCUCGAGCCACCGCGCUGCCAAAAUGCAAAUAAACAAUUAUUUAGAAUAUCUGAUAACUAAGUAUUUUUUACCUGUGGAUUUUUGUGUUAUAUGAAAGCAACCUAGAAGAUCUGGAACGAAGCCCUUUGGACUUCUAAAGCCAGAAACAACUUCAAAAAGCCAGGCAUUUUUGACAGCUGUCAUCGCAGUUCGUUUCAUUAUCAGGAUACAACUGUUGAUAAGACUGAGGCGGAUGUUGCUCUCUCGUCUGCCAGGGCAGUAGGGGGUCAGAGGGAGUGUCAUGUUGAAGCUGCUCUUCCACAUAGUGGUGGUGUUGACCUGUCUUCACCCUUCACCUCACCUCCCUCCCCACAUAAGCUAACUCCAGCUGCUCUCAGUCUCCACCCUCUUCUACCAAUUGGCCAGGAGAAAGGUAAAUAAAAGGUCCUCAAUCCUCGUGGAAAAUGUCCUAUGCAUAUCAGAACCUGUUCAGCUGGAGUCGACCUCGAUUGACACAGACACAUCUCCUCUUCCUAUCACUGAGCUUCUUGUGCCGCUUAGUUGCUCCCGCAGGUGUAUCUGCUGAGAUCUGCAGGGUGACGGGGGGAGUGUUGGGGAUCCACUGGAGCAGCGUAGUCGAUUUAGGCUGGCGCCCCCUGGCCGUGGGGAGGGGCAGCGCCAGCUGCUGGGACUCCUGCUGUCUUGAGCCAGCCUGCAGCGCUGUCUGGAGCCUGGGGGGGCACUGUGUGCUGCUGAACUGCUCCAACAGAGGAGUCUGUGAAGUCACAUCUCUCCCCCAGCCCCACACUGAGUCCCUGGGGCUCCUACAGCUAUUUUCAAAGGGCACCACCACAGCUCGGAGGAGAAGGCUCAGGCGGGCACAAACAGGAAAGGGAAGUGAGGCCGUAAGCCAGAAACAUGGGUCGGACCACAAACGUUCUAGCACUGGAGUUUCCAAGGAUGAAGAGCUUCCGGCUCCAACAGUCGGCGGCACCAGCGGAGUAGCUUUCCCUCAAACAUCUGAUAAGAAUAACAGCCAGCUAACUGAUGGAAGUGGAGAAGCUCCAUCACCCUCACAGCAGAACUCUAAAUCAGAGGACGCCAUAGGCCCAGCAUCUUCCAACAGCAGCUCUGUGCUUCCUGCUAAUGCUCCUACAAUCACUACAUCACCAACCCAGGCUGUCCGGGAAUUGGUGGUGUCGGCAGGCGAGAGUGUGGCGGUCACGCUGCCGCGCAACGAGGUAGAACUCAACGCCUUUGUGGUGCCAGCGCCCCAGCCAGGGACCGACUAUGCAUUUGACUGGCUCUUGAGGACUCACCCCAAAGACUACAGUGGAGAGAUGGAGGGGAAACACAGUGAGACGCUCAAACUCAGCAAGCUGACGGUGGGACUGUAUGAGUUUGAGGUGACCGUGGACGGUGACGGAGCACACGGAGAGGGCUAUGUCAACGUCACAGUCAAACCCGAGCCACGGGUAAACAAGCUCCCCGUCGCUGUGGUUUCCCCAAAGUUCCAGGAGAUAUCCUUGCCAACCAGCUCCACCGUGAUCGACGGCAGCCAGAGCACAGACGAUGACAAGGUGGUGGCGUGGCACUGGGAGGAGGUGAAGGGCCCGCUGAGGGAGGAGAAGGUCUCUGCAGACACCCAACUCCUCACCCUCACCGGCCUGGUCCCAGGGAACUACACAUUCAGUCUGACUGUUACGGACUCGGACGGGGCCCAGAGCUCCACCCAGGCCACGCUGUCGGUCAACAAGGCCGUGGACUACCGGCCGGUGGCCAACGCCGGGCCCAACCAGGUCAUCACGCUCCCGCGCAACGCUGUCACACUACAUGGCAACCAGAGCACGGACGACCGCGAGCCGCUGGCCUACGAGUGGUCGCUCAGCCCCGAGAGCAAGGGCAAGGUGGUGGAGAUGCAGGGCGUCCGGACUCCCGCUCUGCAGCUGUCUGCCAUGCAGGAAGGAGACUACACCUUCCAGCUCACUGUCACAGACACAGCCGGACAGCAGGACACGGCACAGGUCACUGUUAUCGUCCAGCCAGAGAACAAUAAGCCCCCAGUAGCAGACGCCGGUCCAGAGAAGGAGCUGACCCUACCUGUGGACCGCACCACUCUGGACGGCAGCAAGAGCACGGACGACCAGAAUAUCUCCACCUACCACUGGAAACAGAGCAAGGGUCCGGACGGAGUGAAGAUCGAGAACGCCGAUGGCGCCGUUGCCACGGUGACGGGGCUGCAGGUGGGCGAGUACGAGUUCAGUCUGACCGUGACGGACGAGAGGAAGCUGGCGAGCACCGACACAGUCACGGUCAUCGUCCGAGAGGAGUUAGACCAACCCCCAGUAGCCCAUGUCCAGUCCAGCCCGGCCAUCUCUCUGCCCCUGCGGACUGCAGCCCUGGACGGCUCCCACUCCACAGACGACAAGGGUGGAGUCGGCUACUUGUGGACCCGUGACGACAGUAGUCCUGCAGCAGGGGACGUACUGAACAACUCUGACCACCAGGCGGUGCUGUUUCUCACUAACCUGGUGGAGGGAAAGUACAGCUUCACUCUGACUGUGACAGACAGCAAGGGCCAGAGCAGCUCAGACAGAGGGACUGUAGAGGUCAAACCGGACGUGUGGCAGCGUGACCUGGUGGAGCUGGUGCUGGAGGUGUCUGUGUCCCAGGUGUCCCACCGCCAGAGAGACAUGCUGCUCAGACAGGUGGGCGUGCUGCUGGGCGUGCUCGACAGUGACAUCAUCGUACGGGAGGUCAGCGCCUUCAACGAGCACAGUACUCGACUGGUGUUCUUGGUGUCUGGGGGUCCGGGUCGCCCCCCACUGUCCGGUCACAGUGUGGCUCUGGGGCUGCGCAACAAGCUACGCAAACAGAAGAACGACUUCCUCAUCUUCAAGGCACGGCGGGUAGACACAGUCACCUGCCAGCUGAACUGCUCCAGUCACGGGGAUUGCGACUCGUUCACGCGGACCUGUAUCUGCCAACCCUUCUGGAUGGAGAAUUUCAUCAAAGGACAGCUGUGGGACCAAGAGAGCAACUGUGAAUGGAGUGUGCUGUAUGUGACCAUAGCAUCCUUCAUGAUCGUGGUUGCCAUCGCGACCUUUGUCUGGGGAAUAGUGUGUUGUUGCCGCAGGCGUAAGGGUAAAAUGCGCCACAAGAGCAAAAGCCGCUAUAAGAUGCUUAAUGGCGAAGAGCAGGACGGCCUGGAGCUACACCCACCCCGAGCUGGCCGAAUGAAGCCGGCCCCCGCCCCUUCGUCCUCAGCCCUCAUGCGCUCUGACUCAGACUUGGACAGUGACGACGGCCAGGGAGGGGUCCCAUGGACAGACAGGGAACGAGGACACCUCCUCCGACCCCACAACGGCACCCUGGAAAACGGCCAGGGCCCCACCAGGAACAAAAAGCAAAGAGAGGAGCUGCUAUAGCAACAGAGGGUGGUGGAACACCCCUCCCCACCCCUAAUCCCUCACCACCCACUCUCUUUCACUCUUCUCCACCACACAAGCCGGACACCUCUCCACCCAUAGGACACUUAAGACAUAUGGGUCCUGGAGAAUGAGAGAAAACCCUGUUGGGAACAGGGUCAAGCCUCCCACCCACACACCCCCGUAUUUAAACUUCCCUGCGCCCACACUGAGCCAAGAUUAAUUAAAUUAUGUUUAACCUCUGAGAAGGACAGACCAUUUAAAGGAAAGAUUUGUGGGGGGGGGGGGCACUGAGAAACUACCCCUCCACCCCCCAGGAGAAAACGGGAGACUGCUAGUGAAGACUAGCCUGAAUAUUCCUACUCUACUCUGACAGGUUACAAAAUGGUUGACAAGUGACUUGUCUAGAUGAAAACAAAUCUAGAUAUCUGUGCAUGAGAGCGCAGUUGUGAUACGUAUUCAUGUUUGAAUGGUGGUUAGGUCUGCAUGAAUUAUCCAUGUUGUGUGUGCCUGGAAGUGUCUAAAAAUUGAAAUAUGUGCGCUUUUGGUAAUUGUGCCAAAACGUUGUUUCAGUAAAGCGUUGUGUGUUUGACACUUAACCAGCAUUGAGAGUCGAAACUGCUUUUGUUGCUGUCAGCCAUGCUAUUCAGAGGAUCCUGGGAAAUGCUGUUUUUUUCGAAAGCCAUGCCUCAUACUGUAUGAACACACUGGACUACACAACAUUGACGCCCCCACCCCUAUUACUGGGAGAUGAUGAUGAAGACACCAAUGACACAUGGGGAAGAAAGGGGCAAUGCUUCCUACUCACCUCAGAUACUAACGACUGUUCGAACCUGGAAGACCACUUACGGUCUUGUUUGUUUUUAAGAUUUGUUUUGGCUGACCAUUUUGAUCCUGACGCACUUUGUUUUUCACGCUCACCGUGGCUAUGUCUGUCUGCAUCUCCACUACUCUCACAGGCUGCGAACUGAACAAGUGCUGAUCCACACACGUUGAUCAGAUUAGCAAUUUAUUCAGUUCAGCCGUAGAUACAGAGCGGUGGGAUUCUCCAUUGCCCGACACGUACCUCCUCCGAACUCGAGUGGUGUGGUCACUUUGCAUGAAGAUUACUGUGAACCUGACCCUUCAAGUCUGACUUUAGAGAUGCUUUUUUUGGUUGUUGAAUGUUUAAGAGGAAAGCCCCCCCGAUCUAAUCGGAGGAACGCUCUGUGAAAUAAGCAAUCAUUUCUUUACCAAACCUUUCUCAGUGCAAAGUCAUCUCAUGCUAUUCCUCCAAUGCGCUAGUCGAGCACAUUUUUAUGAAAAAUUGGCAGCAUUCUGGGAGUCCACUGUGGCGGCAGAGAGGGCGCAGCCACGAAAUGAAAGGGAUUCUGUGUUCAUUUCAUUGUUAAAUAACAGUCAUUUUAGUGAAGGAUUCUCCUCACUAUGUGACCAGACCAUAUCAAACUGGAUUAUCUGUAAAUUAAAAUCAAAUAUGUUUUA